CUAAAACUAACCUUGCUGUUACUGACUCUAAACCAAUAUUCGAAGAUCUUUACGACUCUCGUUUUCCUGAAAGGUUUCCCUCACAUCAUAUAUUUGACCACAGAUCUGCCAUCACUAGGUACACGUCUGACCCAGACAUGGAGACAUCUGACAUUACGAUGGACACUCCACCUCCUAAUAUGGACACUUCUCUUGAAAAAAUGGACCCCCCUGUUCCUCAAAUAGACACCUCCCACCCUAACACAGAUAUCUCCCUCACUGAGCCUGAGGCUUCUGCCUCUCUGUGCUCUGAGUCUACACUCCCCACAACUUAUUCAAUGGAAAUGAAUGACUUUGAGCCUGAGCUUCCCACCUCAGACCCAUCACUCCCCAGUGCUGAGGUCUCUAUCCUUGAUACAGGCUCUAGUGACACACAUGAAGCUCUCUAUGACUCUCUUUUCCCUGAAAGUUUUCCUUCUGACCAGGUUUCCACCAUUUCUGACCCCGACCUUGAUAAACCAGUCCCUGUUACGGACACCGACGCUGAUCUGCUCCGACCAGACUCAAACACUCAACCAAACCUUGUUGAUCAGUCGGAGUCUUUGACCUCAGCUCUUCCAAUUCACCUUGAUACUGAGGACACUGAUAAUACCAAACUCGUCCUUCCUCAUUCCGAUCUGAACUUUGACAACUCUGAUCGCAUUCUCUCAGGCAAUGUCACCCUCAUUGUUAGCGCUACCUAUCCAAGCACUGAGAAUUCCAGUUCUCUUGAGUCCACCCAGGGGGAAUCCUUUGUCACAAAACCAGCCACCACCUUCACCAUUGAUGCUUCCGGCUCCUCAACAAUAUCUCAAACAAUGGCUACUGAGAAAGGUCAAGAAGCAGACGUAGAGAUUAUGGAAGAGGAACAUAUUCUGUCCUGUGAUGCAGACAUUGUCAGGGAAAAAUCUAAUGAUGUGUCCACAAUGGCUACUGAGAAAGUUCAAGAAGCAGAGAUAAUGGAAGAGGCCAACAGCAUAGAUUCUAAUAGACAUAUUGAGGAACAUAUGCCCUGUGAUGCAGAAGUUGUCAGGGCAAGCUCACAUUAUGCGACCAUACCAGAGAACAGCAGUGCUAUGGAGGUCACUAUAUCAGUGGUCCAUUACAGCAUCCUGGAAGAUUACAUGGAGGAGAGUGUAGUUGAAAAAGUAAAAGCAGAGGAAGAGGAAGAGAAAGGAACGUGCAAACAAUGGAUGAAUGGUCAUGAAACCAUUGAAAUGGGAUGGAGUGUGGCGUCACAGAAAGAAAUGUUAGAAACGAAGGAUCGAGGUCAAGAGAAUGAAGUCCACGAAGAAGAGAAGAGAAACAUUGAGUCCCAAGAAGAGAGUGACGCAGGGAGGCUAGUGCAGGUGGAGGAGGGGGUGGAACCAGUCUGGCCACUGGUGAAAGAAGUGAGUGAGGAGGAGGUGGAACCAGCUCUUCCGGUUCAGCAGGUGUGCACACUCAUGGAAUGUGAGUCGCCAGCCCCGCCUUUCACCGCAGAGCAGCAUGUAGAGGAGGAGGAGGAGGAGGGGUCAGGGAGUAACCGGAGUGUGGUUACGCACGCUUGCCUGGGAACAGAGGCCCGCACAUAUACACAGACCCCAGGCCAGGAGGAGCCACAGGAGGGGGUGGACGAGUUCUGCAGCGCUGAGAAUAAACACACUAACAACAGAGAGCGAGAGGACACACUCACAACACAUAACACACUCACAUACACCACCGACGGAGAGGAGAGUAUUUUUGACACACACACAGCAGAGAUAGUGGACUUAAUCACUCAUACUAUCGAGGACACAGGUGCACCGAUCAUACCCUCUUUCACUGACCAGAAAGCAAAAGUAGACACUAUCACACACAGUACAAAUGGUGAGAACACACUCACACUUGACACAGACAGAGAAGAGACAGCGACAGACACAGUCUUACACAGCACUGAUUCAGAGUCCAACACCUACACUGUAAAGAGAGAACACAAAGGGACACUCAGUACUGAGUGGAUAGACAGCAUUUUCACUCAGGACACAGACGGAGCCAGUGCAGAGCCAGUGCCAGAGCAUGUGGCAGUGAAUCCUGCAGUCACAGGAGACACAAUCCUCGAGAGACUUCGGAAGAGAGCCAACGGUCUUGUUACUGAGGACACAGAGAGUCCCGGUGCAGAGCCAGAGCAGGUGGAAGUGAAGCUGUCAGUCACAGCAGACACAUUCCUCAACUCACAGAGGAACAGAGUCAACUGCCACAGCCAGCCCGAAGGGUCUCUGGAUGCUUCAGCUGUUUUCAGUACAACUUUAAAAUACUCUGAGGGCUCUGAUUCAGAAAUUCAGCAGAUAGUGGCUGAUCUGGAGUCAGACAGCGAGAUGAAAUCAUACCGUUCCACUCUCAUUAUAAGACCCUCUCCCACCCACGAGGGCAUGGAUGAAUCAAAACAGGGCUUCCGCAAAGUCUCCCGGGUCACUGACAAUGACACCACAGACCACACUGAAUUCAGUGUGGACUACAGUGAAAGCACUAUCACUGACCCCAAUAGAACUGAAAGUGACCUAGGUCCAGUUGCACCAGAAUACAAAUGGAGAAACCGGUAUGAGGGGGUGCAAACCACUUUCGACCCCACAGGGGUGUCCUGGCUCUCUGACUCUCAGUCGGAUGAGUCAAGAUCGUCCACAUACAAUGGAUUCUACUCCUCCCUCUCCCCCUCCCUCUCUGUGUACACACAACACCUCACCUCCCCCGGGCCGCCAUUCCAGGAACCUGGCCUGUCCUCCCUCUCCUCGGACAUGCCUGGUUCCCCCGGCAACGGUCACUGGCUGAGCGACUGGAGCGAAGUUCAGCUGAGCCAUGAGAGUAGCGAGCCAGGAACAGGCAGGGGGAGGAGGAGGGAGUGGGAGGAGGAGGAGGAGGAGGAGGAGGAGGAGCUAGCCACUGCACCUGCAGGACAGAGAGCAAGAGGGGUAGAGCAAAAGAGUAGGGCGGGAGAGUCCGUGGCAAAGAAGAUAAAGUCAGGCUGUGACUCACAGUUGCUCCCAGUCUCAAACUUCUCCUCGGCGGGUCAGACCGUUGACGACGUGGACUACAGCAGAGGCAGCAGUGACUCCUUUUCUGGAGUGUACAAGGCCACACGCGUGGAGCUGCUCCCUGACCCCUCCUCCUCAGACCCUUCCCCCUCUUCCUCUCCCGUGACCCCUGACCCGGGCUCCCCCUAUCACGGUGACAUGGAAAGCCUGGUGGACACCCUGAAGAGCAUGAAUCCUAGCCCGCUCCAGAGACAGAGGAGCCUGCGUGGGACCAUCAUCCCCUCCAUCUUCUCCUCCCUUUCCCCUAUCGUGGAGGAUACCCCAUGCUCCAGCCCCACCAACACCAAAUCUCCCCAGGUGCCCUCUGGGUCUUCGCUGGAGGGCCCUAACGACCGCUACAACCUGCCCGCAGACCUGGGCCUCAACUGGGGUGCCUCCAAAGAGAUGCGCUCCCCUCUGGAGUUGAUGAAGCUCCAACAGCAGCAGGAGCAGCAGGCUGGGAACCACCAUUGGAGCCGUGGAGGCCUCAACCUCCCACUCCGAGCCUCGGCUCUUAACAGCAUCGUCGUGAGGAAGAGCUCCUUGGGCAGUGACUCAUCCUCAGAGCAUUCGCCGUCCCCCCUGCUAAAUGGAGGGAGCAACAACCAGUCUCCAAACCCCUCGCGCCUGGGCAACUCGCUCCUCUACUCCAGCUAUCGUUCGGCAUCGAUGGAUCAACCCCAGGAGAAUGGCAAGGCCCAUAGCCCAGGCCAGCGGCCCUCUCUGUUCCGUACGGGCUCCCUACCGGACAUAGGGCCUAACCACAUGAGCUCAGGGGUUGGUAUGGGUAUGGCCGGUGGGCCUGGGAGCGGACUUGGAUUUGAAUCUGGAGUUGGAACCGGAACUGGAACUGACCCUUCAACCCCCUUCCGCUACGAACUUUUCUCCUCCCUGAUGUCUGGCUCCUUAACCGGAAACAACACAGACACCAACUCUCGAAUGAGCAGGCCCCCUCCCCUCCCUAGCUUCACCUCUACCCUAGGAGACCUUCUCAGUCCCACAAGCUCAUCUCUGGACAUCCACAGGUCGUUCGCCAAUGCUAACGACUCCCAGUCCAAGCUCAGCCAGGGGCUGAGUGGUAUGGGUUCUGUGGGCUCUAUUGGUCUGGGUCUGCAGAGGAACUUCAGUAACGAAGGCCUGAACUCACCACUGUUCAACAUGGGGUCCCCCCAUGGAGGGUCUGUCCAUGGAGGAUCUCACUUCAGUCCAGAGCCAGAGCCUGAGAAGAACCUGGUGCCCAAGUAUAGAGCCUUCCCCGACGCCUAUCUCACCAAGGAGAAAGAGCAUGGAAAGCUCAACCCUCGGCCAGGAAAGAUGUUCAUCUUUGACCAGCCAGGGAUGUGUGGCCAGAUGAUUGAGGUGCGGAGUGACGUCAUUGAUGCCACACCCUGGCAACUACAGGAGACUAUCUCUAUCAGGGUUGUCAGGGGAGGCUGGGUCUUGUACGAGAAGCCCAACUUCAAAGGGGAGAAGAUAGCUUUGGACGAGGGGGACAUAGAGCUCACCUAUCCCUUCGACCCCCCUGAGGAGGAGGAGGAACAACAGCAGAAAAAUGGACAGAAGGGACAGAAGGAGGGAGGAGAAGAAGUAGUGGAGGCCAAGCCGGCCAGGAGGUUCAUCAUAGGAUCAGUACGAAGAGCAGUCAGGGACUACAGUGUGCCAGAGAUCAGUCUGUUCCCAGAGGAGAAUGCAGAGGGGAAGAAGGUGAUCUUCAGAGACACGUCAGAUGACGCCAGGAUAUUCGGCUUCCCCAUCAAAGCCAACUCCAUUAUCAUCAAUGCUGGACUAUGGCUGGUGUACCCUCAGCCUUUCUUCCAGGGCGUACCACGUGUUCUGGAGGUGGGGGGGUUCCCCAACCCUGCAGCCUGGGGCGUGGAACAACCCUACGUGGGCUCAGUGCACCCUCUCAAAAUCGGUGAACCAAGAGUGGAGAAACCUGGUGAGCCCAAGCUGGUGCUAUAUGACAAGCCUUACUUCACUGGGAAGUCGAGGACGAUUUACACCAAUAUGAGAGACUUCAUGACCAGACUGGAUAGACAGCAGACUGCCUUCAUGUACAGCGCUGGAUCCAUCAAAGUACAGGGAGGCUGCUGGGUGGGCUAUGAGAAGGAGGGUUUCCGAGGCCACCAGUAUCUGUUGGAGGAGGGAGAGUACCACGACUGGAGGGUGUGGGGGGGCUGCGAUGCCGAGCUGCGCUCUGUCAGAGUCAUACGAGCGGACCUGACGGAGCCCAUGCUGGUGAUGUAUGAGCAGCCAGGCGAGGAGGAGGAGGUGGAGCAGGAGAACACCUUUGAGGUGACCGAGGCCAUUCCUGACGUGGAGCUGUUUAACUACCGCACCACCACUCGCGCCAUCCAGGUCCUCAGUGGAGCAUGGAUAGCCUACUCUCAUGUGGACUUCUCUGGUGACCAGUAUAUCCUGGAGAAAGGUUUCUACAGUAACUCUACUGAUUGGGGCUCUUCAGACAACCGCAUCUGCUCUGUCCAGCCCAUCCUACAGGCUCCAAGUGAAAACCAGGGCAACGUCAGAAGUGAGGUGAUUCUGUACACAGAGCCAGAUUUCCAGGGUGAAUGCCAUCUGUGUGACAAGAACCAGGAGUCCCUCUCUGACAAGCUCAUCGCCAAGUCCUGCAGAGUGGUGGGAGGAAGUUGGGUGGUGUACGAGGGCCGUGAGUAUUCAGGGAACAUGUACAUCCUGUCAGAAGGAGACUACCCCAACUUCACCAGCAUGGGCUGUCCUCCGAACUGUGUCAUACGCUCGCUGAAGACUAUCCCACUGGGAUUCUCAGUGCCCUCCAUCUCUCUGUUUGGUCUGGAGUGUUUGGAGGGCAGGGAGAUCACAGUGGACACAGAGGUGGUCAAUAUGCUGGAGGAGGGCUACAACAACCAUCUACUCUCUGUCAGAGUCAACCGAGGCUGCUGGGUGCUGUGUGAGCACAGUAACUACAGGGGGCGCCAGCUCCUGUUAGAACCCAUCGAAAUCACCAACUGGCCCAAGUUCAGUCAGCUUCUCACCAUUGGCUCAAUGUACCCAGUACUACAGAGGCGGUGCUUCUUCCGCAUCAAGAGCAAGGAGCGAGGUCACUUCCUGUCCAUCCAGGGCGGUGUAGAGGAAAUUAAGUCGGGACGCGUGGUGGUGACCGAGCAGGUGGAAGGCAUGAGCGACAUCUGGUUCUACCAGGAGGGCCUCAUCAAGAACAAGUUGGCUCCUGCUAUGAGCCUGCAGGUGAUGGGGAACGUGGAGGCGGGGGCGAAGGUGGUGCUGUGGUCAGAGACCCGGCAGCCUGUCCAGACCUGGUCAGCCCAGAUGAGAGGCACCAUCCCCAGCCUCACCUUCCCUGGCAUGGUGUUGGACAUCAAGGGUGGCAAGCAGUACGACAGAGACCAUGUGGUGAUUUUACCAGAGAGUGAGGAGAGGCCUUGCCAACAGUGGGAGCUGGAGCUGCUAUAACCUUCCAAUAACCUUCCCACACCCUUCACCCGCUCCUCCAAUACAAUACGUUGCAAUAUCCCCAACCCCUCAGAACUCCUGCUUGGCCUUUAGGAAGCACCACAGACUUAACCUUGUGUCAUCAUCAGGCACUGUCAAGAUGAUCUGAGAACAUCUUCAUUGCAGUUAAAGGGGUUUUAUUUAAUUCAGUGAAAUUCCGUUAUCAUUUUUUGCCUUGAUGUGAGGACCGCAGCAUACGAACGACUGAACAAUAAACAACCAGUGCCUUUUGAAUCAACUGGAGAGGAUGUGAAGGGUAAUGCUCCCCGCCCCCCUCCUUAAAUAUGUAUAUUUGGAUUAUUCUAUUUACAGACAUUCUACUCUCUCAGAUUCUUCCUUGACUUGGAUGGUAUGACCCGGCUUACCCACACACAGUAGUGGACUGAACCAUUCACUUGAACUCACCAAUGAUUACUUCUACUAUAUGGUACAUUAUCUGUGGCUACAAGCAGUAUAUUUAAGAUGGAUUCAUAAAGGAAGCCAAAUAUAUGCACAUUAUUUUCUGAAUUGACUUAGUCAAACAAAAGACCAAAAAAAACGAUUUCAUGUACUACGUUUUGGGAAAACAUUGGAUGAGAAGUGUAUUCUUUAUGCAGUAUAAUACAUACACAAUACAUAUAACAAUGUAUGAUGACAUGCAAUGACCCUGUGGGCUUUUAUGGAAUUACUCUCGAAUGCUAGUCUAUGUUCUUUAAGGUGAUGUUUCUAUUUCACUAUGGUAUUACUACUGUAGUUGCAUAGAUAUUAAUCAUACAUUGCCAAUCACUGUCAACAUACAGGUUACUUUAUUUGUUUUAUAACACCAAAUGCCUUGCUUCUCUGUGCACUCUUUGAUACCAAAAAUAUGUGAAUGGUUUUAAAAUAUCAAAUAUAAAUAUUAAAUAAAACGUAUCAAUUGUUAAAAUGUGUUAAUCUAAAAUGUCUUCU